AUGUUAAAUAAAGAUUUGAUUAAAAAGAAUAAAAAAAUAAACAAUUUACAAGAUUUUCUACCAUUAAAAACAUAUGAAAUUUAUUCAAUUGAUGAAACAACAUCAGUAAAUACAAUAGAAGAAUUAAUUACAAUAGCAAAACGAACAUAUGUAGUGACAUUAUUUUCAUAUGAUGAUAACAAGUUAAAUAUACAUUAUCUACAAAUAGAAUUGAUACAAAAUCAAAAAUCAAUUAUAAUAAAUGUUGAAUUUUUUUUUGGACAUAAUCUAUUAUUACCACAAUUAGAGGAAUUUUUAUCGGUUAUAUUUCAUCCAUCAAAAUUAAUUCAAGUUUGGGGCAAUAUAAAUAGAUUUAGAUAUGACAUUAAUUUCAAUCUAAUCUAUAAUCGACAUGAUAUUCGAAAUUGUAAUUUCGUUGAUAUACAGAAUGAUUUUGAAAUAUGGUAUAAUAACACUUUUCAACAUAAUCAUCAAAAUUCUGAUCAAGAACUUGAUUUUCAUCAUACAACAGAUACUUCUGCACAAUGUUUAUGUUCAUAUCAUUCAUUAACAAGUUCAACUAAUAAAAAUCAAUGGUCUCUUAAAAAUGCUAUCGAAUAUACAUUUCAAGAAAAUUUUAAUUAUUCCAAUUUGCAUCCUUAUCAAUGUCUAGCAAUAACAAAACUUGCAAUUAUUAUUUUUGAAAAAUGGGAUUAUACAAAAACUCAAGAUUAUUUCAAAAAUAAAUCAUAUGAAACAAAAAAGUAG